GUCGGUGUUAAUUAAAAUUUUUUUGCUAGGACGAUGACAUCCUGGGCCGUGAGCGAUUGUUUUGGUUGUUGGACCCUCUCCGAAUUGGGACUUGGAGGGUUUAAAAGUUUAACUGGUGGGCCCAGUGUUUUAGUAUUGUUCUCGCCGUUUCAUUUGUCCAGUGAAUUUGGUCUUCCUCAGCCACCUGAAAUUCGUGUUGAGGAAUAGGAGGAAUAUAGUCUGUGUUCUUCACUAUGUAUUCGUUUACCAGUUGCAGGUUGUUUUUUUUGUUCUGUUGGGAGUUCUUCCGAAAAAUUAAUUAGGUGAAUUUUAAUUUCUGCGUAGGGAAAUUUUUCUUUUCCUAUUUUGAUUAGUUUUUGUAUUGCUUUUAUUGUUUUUUUUUUUACCAGAUGUUACCUCUACAAAUAAUUCCAAAUGCUAAAACUAGUUUUUCGACUAUGAAAUGUUCAGGGGAUUUUGUCUUUUCCAGUAAUUGUUGUGUGUGUUGAAAAUGGCUUCCCGGGAAGCUCUCAAUUUGAAGGGUUUCAUAGGGGUGAUCUGGAAUACGGUUGUGGUUCAAAUCCCCUGAAAUGACCAAUUUUGUGUUUAUUAUUAAGUUCCAUUCUUGGAUUUUCCUGAAACAAUUUGACUGUGUGUUCACUAUGAACGAUUGUGAUUGUGUGUAUAAGGAAGAUGUGUCUGGUUAGGGUUAGGGUACUACGAGGGUGCUACUUAUCGGGGGAUUCCAAUCAUACCCAUCAGAUUGGUGUAAAGUCUUGUAAUGACACUCGAUUGUGCUACACCGGCUGGCUCUCGGAACUCCGAGUUUUUAUUGUAUGGGAGGAAUUACCUGACAACCUGAGUCUGUAUUCACCCAAUUGUGUUGUUCAUCUCUAGUGCUUCUCCCGUGCCCACCGCCUAGCUGCAUGCCCCGGCCACGCCGGCAAACUACUCUAGCUGCGCACGCCUGCCCCCCUUCUUGCUCGCUCCUUGUCCCAACAGUCCACCACCUCUCCCUGAAUACCCUGAGCCAACCCGCAACAAAACAUUCUCAACCUGCUCUCUUCUCUUCUCUACAUUCUGAUUUGGUGUCCAAUUGAGGCUGAUACGAUUAGUGUCGUGACAAACUUGAUGAGAAGACUCUGCUACUUUCAUGCUAACUUCAUGUUAGCCCAUCGUACGAAGGAAGGAUAGAUAGCUCAUUGUUGAAUUAUUGCUUCCAUUGAAAGUUCUUCAUUACAUUUACAUUGAAUCUCCAAAUUUUUUUCUUUGACACUCUGGCCGCCAAUUGAUUUGCUUCAGCGCAUGUGUGCAUGGCGUGGACUCCCUAGGCCCACAGGACAAAUCUGUGAUUGACAGAUGGCUACCGGUGGAGGCUGGAGGGCGGGGCUUGUCGUUUUGUUCCAAUGCUGUCUGCUUUCUUUUCUUUUGCCCUCCCUCGCGUGCCCGUUUCCCUCAUCCACACUGCGCACGACCGCUCCGACUUUGCCGUGUGGAAGGAAGGAGGAAACAAGCAAGCAAUAAAGCAGGGAAGGAAGCAAGGAAGGAGGUCUUGAAGUUGGUGGAGGAGACUCGAGUGUGGUGGGGGGCUUUGGAGGGAUAAAACAAGCGCGCCCACACUGCAGAGACGUGCAGGAGGAAGAAGGUGGAACCACGGGAUUUCGCAAUUGUCUGGCUUUUUUUGGUCGCGUUUUAUCGAUCUGGGCCGAGCCAGGACCCCACCCGGAUCAAGGCAGGGGAGCGCGUCCGGGAUCUGCAGGAUCGUGACGAUGGCCGAUAUGUGAUGGGAUUUACCCGUUUGGAUGUUUGAUUGACGGGACAGCGGGGUCGGUCGCCCCACCUUUCGUUCCCCACCCAGACUGACCAUCCACGACAAAGGACCAACCCCCCGCACAGCCCCCGUCCUCUGAAAAUGCUUCUCCAGCUCAGCGUCUCACCUGCCAUCUGUCAGUGGAUUUACAGCUUCCUGACAGGCAGGACACAGCAGGACCUGACUAUCAAGCUCCUCAAGUUUGCAGAUGACAUCACGGUAAUCGACCUCAACACAGACGGUGACGAGUCUGUAUAAUCGAAAGGAAGUGGAGUGAAUGGAGUCGUGGUGCAGUUGACAAACCUGGAGCUGAAGACGUUCAAGAAUGGAAAGAUAAUUGUGGACUCCAGGAGCCAUCCUUUACCACAACUGCCCCGUACGCUGUCCAACUGCCUGUUAAGCCGUCGAGAACUUCAAGUUUCUGGGAAUUCCAGUCUCUCAGGACCUGAAUUGGGAGACCAACAUCAAGUCCAUCCUCAAAAAGGCUCUGUAGAAGUUAUACUUCAUGCGACUUUCAAGGAAGCAUAGCCUGUCACUGGAGCUUCUGACAGUUGUACACAGCAGUCAUUUUAUGAGUCUCACGUUCUUCCAUCACAGUCUGGUUUGGUGCUGCUACAAAAAAGGACAAACUUCAAAGAUUAAAAGGUUGUCGGUAGCCCCCUACAUACCCUAAGGACUUGUGUGCUACCAGAAAUAAAACAAGGGUAUGCAAAAUCCUCUACGCAUUCCACACACUGGUCACCAGCUCUUCCAGCUCCUUUCCUCAGGCCGCUGUCGGACACCCGGACAAGCCGAUGACGGCCCGGCGCUGCCUUUAGCUGCGCCUCCGACGCCGCCUCCACCUGAAGACCGCCCCCCUCCCUCGCCGCUCAGGUUGUGUUUUUGUGUACGACCGCGUGUCAGCAGGAGUUUGACCAUGGGGGGCCCGUCGCCGCCCCCGCUGUCCCUGGUCCUACUGGCGGCGUGCUGGCUGGUCCGGCCGGGCGCAUCGUCCUCGUUGUCGUCCAUGUUGUGUCCCAAGCGCUGCACGUGUCAGAACCUCCUGCCGUCCUACACGGUCCUGUGCGCCAAGACGGGCCUGCUCUUCGUGCCGCCCAACAUCGACAGACAGACGGCCGAGCUACGCCUGAUGGACAACUUCAUCACCACGCUGAGGCAGCGAGACUUCGCCAACAUGUCCAGCCUGAUCCACCUGACGCUGAGCCGUAACACCAUCAGCCAGAUCCGCCCGUUGGCCUUCGCCGACCUCCAGGAUCUCCACGCACUCCACCUGGAUGCCAACCGUCUGACCACGCUGGAUGAUGCCCACUUCCAGGGCCUGGUCAACCUGCGCCACCUCAUCCUCGCCAACAACCAGCUCCACCACAUCUCUCAGGGAGCCUUCCAGGACUUCCUGGAGACGCUGGAGGACUUGGACCUGAGCUACAACAACUUGGUGGACGUCCCAUGGGAGACUAUCUCUAUGCUGGUGAGCGUCAACACGCUCAGUCUGGACCACAACCUCAUCGAGAGUGUUCCCGAGGGUAUCUUCUCUAACCUGCACAAGCUGGCCAGGCUGGAUAUGACAUCCAACAAACUGAAGAAGAUCCCGCCUGACCCACUGUUCCUGCGGAUCCCCGUCUAUGCCAAGAUGAAGGGCUCGCCGCUGACGGCCUUGGUUCUGAGCUUCGGCGGGAAUCCGCUGCACUGCAACUGCGAGCUAGUUUGGUUACGGCGGUUGACCCGGGAGGACGACCUGGAGACCUGUGCGUCCCCGAGAGAUCUCACCGGGAAGUACUUUUGGACCAUCAGAGAGGAGGAGUUUGUGUGCGAGCCUCCAAUGAUCACUCGCCACACAUCCAAGAUGUUCGUGAUGGAGGGCCAGGAGGUGAGCCUGCGCUGCAAGUCCAUGGGAGACCCGGAACCGUCCACCCACUGGGUCAGUCCCGACGGGAAACUGAUGGGCAACACGUCGCGCGUCGUCUGCUACGAAAACGGAUCGCUCGACAUCCUCAAGGCUUCCGUCAAGGAUUCCGGAAAGUUCACGUGCAUCGCGUCCAAUGCGGCCGGUGAGGCCACGGCGCCGGUGGAGCUGGUGGUCAACCCCUCACCGCAUUUCGAUCCCAAGCCAGAGGCGGACCCCGGGCCCUCAGAUCUCCCCACGUCCAUCAAGUCCAACACAAGUGGCGGUCAGGCACGAGUCACCCAGCCACGGGUCAGCGUGUCAGAGGUCACAGCCAGUGGCGCUCUCAUCACAUGGCCCGCACAGAACCACAUUCCCGGCGUGCGCACGUACCAGAUCCAGUACAACAGCUCUGCGGAUGACGUUCUCAUCUACAGGAUGAUCCCAGCCAAUCACAAGCACUUCCUACUAAGCGACCUGGCCUCCUCCCGCGAUUACGACUUGUGCGUCCUUGCCGUCUACGACGACGGCAUCACCGCCUUGACCGGAACCAAGAUGGUGGGAUGUGUCGCCUUUGCCACGGAACCGGAAUACGGUGGAUGUCACUCCAUACGAGACCAGUUUUUGGGCGGCACCAUGAUCCUGAUCCUGGGCGGCAUCAUCGUGGCAUCCGUUUUGGUGUUUAUCUUCAUCCUGCUGAUGAAAUAUAAACUGCACAGCAACCAGGACCACAAACACAACAACGCCAACGCCCGACACGCCCACGUCUGCUCGCAGACCAAUGGGGGUGGAGGAGGCGGAGCCAACACCCUGCCACCUGGGGGACAAGGUGGUCACAAAGGUCGUCGACUGUCGCCUGUCGCGGAUUUGAAGUCCGCCCGCGACGGCGGUGACGACGACGCCUCGCACUAACAAACCCAAUGAACUAUCGAUCAAAGCCAAUAUUCCAAAUCCCCACCCCCAUUUUUCUUUUGCCCAUCGCCCAGCCGGGUGGGGCAGUGACGGACGACGCCCAGCACUGGUGCCUUCCUGGUCACAAAGUCUACGUGACAAUUCCUCGGUCUCCCCAAAUCCAGCAACAAGGGGGGUUUACACCAGAUGAUCUGGCGCCAACGAGGAUUUCUCUAGACUUUCUCGAUGCCCCGACGCCGCUCGGCUCCA